GGUGAGAGCGAGAUGUUCCAAGGCACGAUAGUUGAGCGGAUCCACUACUGGACGACGGAAGGUUGGUGCGUGGCGUUGGAUUGGGGCCUGAGGAAGACGCUGGGCAAGGAAAAGGGAGAGAGAGUGUUCGGGGUGAUAAACCACUGGGUAUGCGAGCGCGCGAACCCUUUCAUGCAGCUGGUGUACCUGUCCCUGGUCAUCGGCGGCUACUACGUCUUCGUCGCGUACGGGUUUGAUCUCAUCGGGCUCUUCGUGCAUCCCGCGCACGCGUUCGUUCUGCCCACGGUGAUGACCCUCAGCCUCAUGCAGUGGCUGCGAGUGUGCUGGUCCGACCCCGGGGUGAUCAACGCGUCCAACCUCGAGGCGCACUACCGCGCGCACCCCUUCGACGGCGUACUGUACAGGCCCAAGGAGUGCCCCACCCUGGGCGUCACCGUCCCGGCGAGGAGCAAGUUCUGUAACACGACCAAACGACGGGUGGCAAAGUUCGAUCACUACUGCGGAUGGUUCAACAACGUGAUCGGGGAGAACAAUCUGCGGCACUUCAUCGUGUUCCUCGCGGUGCACGUCGCGUUGUGCGCGUACGUGGCGUACUUGUCCACGGCCGUGGUGUACGGGGAGGUGGCCCGACGCGGACUUUUAGUGGCGGAGUUCAACACUCGGCGGGGACCGCGGAGGUUGACGGAGGAUUGGCUUCUACUGUCCAAGUUCCUGGUGUAUCACUACGCGCCCCUCGUCAUGCUCGACAUCUUCCUUGUCGUCCUGGUCAUCGCGCUGGGAUCGUUCCUGGUGUACCACCUGCACCUCAUCAACAAGGGCAUGACCACCAACGAA